UAAGAGGUGCAGCCUCCAGGUUAGAUAAAAAAUAUACUCUCCUUGGGCAGCCCACAAACGCAGACAGACCCACUCCUUCAGCCAUGUUGGCACGACUCGCGGCGCUGGCUUUGGCCCUCGCGGCCCUCGCGGUUUCGGCCCAAAUCGUCCUGCCAGGAGGCGACACAAAAGUCCAGUGCAGCAACGACUCGGUGUGCGUGGAUCAGUUCGGCCCGAUGGCUCUUUGCGACGUCGAGUUCUGCAACUGCUCGCAGGGCGCCGAGUUCAACUCCGAAGAGGGCAAAUGCGUCGCGCCGAUCACCUCCUUCAAAUCUGAUCAAUCGUGUCAGACGGACCGCGACUGCCGAAUGGAGGACUCGCGGUGUCGGUUCGGCAAGUGCCAGUGCGAGACCGACUUCAUCCAAUCGCACGACCAGACCAAGUGUUUGCCUUUGGCCAAAGAGGUGGGGUGGGGCUGCGAGGAGGACCCCCAGUGCACCACCAAACUCAGCAAGACCACCGAGUGCCGCGACUUCACGUGCGUCUGCAGACCGGGCACCGCCAUCAACAACCUCGGCGCCUGCGUUGAAUCAAAAGGUCUGGAUUCGUAUUGUGCGUCAAACAACGUGUGCACCACGGAACACUCGGAAUGCAUUCAGGGCGUUUGUGCCUGCAAGGAAGGUUUCGUCGCUGCGGCAGACAGCAAAAGAUGUUUGGAGCAGGCGCAAGGUUUCAAAUCGCCGUGCGAGGAGUCGAUCCAGUGCACGGGACCGUUCGGGCCGCACUCGGUGUGCCAACGCGGCGAGUGCACUUGCAAGACGGGCAACCACUUCUCGGACAUGAUGUGCUGGCAGGACAGAGGUCUGACCGACCGGUGCGACAGGCCCGACGAGUGCUACAUCGCCGACGACGGCAACAACCAGAAGCUGCAGUGCACGGCCGGCCAGUGCAUCUGCAAACCAGAGUUCAAACCUGACCUCAGCACCCUCCGCUGCUCAGGUGCUCCUCGCAUGGCCAUGCUGUCAGGGUUGUUGGCCGUGGUUUUGGCCGCCGCGUCGUUGCUCUAGAAUUCGCAUUUUUCGUCCGUUCAAGUCGCAGCCACCAACUUUAAUUAAACACCGGCGAACUCUCUCAUAUCGUGUGUGCCAUUUUCUAAAUAAUAAAACCCGCGUGCGCGUUUU